UACAUUGUGUUGGAUAAACAAUAGAAAUAGAACAUGACACGUUUCAAAUUGAUAAAUAUGAAUAAUAUCAAACACAUACUCCAUGUUGAAUACUUAUGUUAUAUAAAGUCUUGUAAACAUAUUCUUUGUGUUUUAAAUUUUUGUAAUUACAUUUUAUUUUGUUUUUGCUGUUGUAAAUUUUUAGGAUUUUGUGUAUAUUAUAUUUUAAGUAUGUUUUCUUUUGUAUUUUGUUUAAGGAUUAUUUUUGUUGAUGUGAGGAAGGAGAUCUGUUCUUUCAAGGCAUUUCCUAUUAUAAAUGUAAUAAUAAAAAAAUGAACAUAUUAUUUAAUAAUUUAUUUGUUUCAGAAAUUCUACCAAUAGCAUAUCAAAGACACCCAAAGACUUGGCCAUUCUCUUCAGCUAAAUUUACCUAUCACAAAUUAGUGGAGAGAGAAAUUAUUUUUUUCCUGUUGUAUGAUUUGUAGAAGUGACUGUUCAGUAUUUUUUAUUUUAUUUUUUUCUAUGCUUUAUUUUGACGUACUAAAAUGUGGAAUCCACCUAACAGUACUAUAACGGAGAUACAUUGGCCAAUACUAUAUAACAGUCCCCUUGCAAAUUAUGUAUUCAUUAUAUAUCAUUGUUAAUGACUCUCCUAUUGAAUUAAUUUCUUAAUGUGGCAGUGUUUUUCCAUUAUGGAGCUGCUUGGUCUCCUGCUGAAGUGUCAUUAUGCAUGGAGUUCCUGCUGUCUGCCAAAAACUACUAUAAUUCAGCAACAUGUUGAGUGAACAUCUAGUUUUGUCUGAUGAAUAUUUCCAAGAAGUUAGACCAGGAUUAUCUAGUUACUCUGAGAAUCCACACAAGGCUGCUGAAAGUAUUGUACCAUUGUUGGAAAGAGCUAUACAAAUUGUUCCAUCUGAUAAGUGGCAUAAAACUCCUGUUCUGUUAAAAGCUACUGCUGGGUUAAGGUUACUUCCAUCUGAUUCAGCAGACAAAAUUUUAAAUGAGGUGAAACUUCUUUUUCACAAUUAUCCAUUCCAAAUACGUGAAGAUAGUGUAUCAGUUAUGGAUGGAGAGGAUGAAGGUUUAUUUGCAUGGUUUACAGUGAAUUUCCUUCUAGAUCUGUUAGGUGAUGAAAAUUCCAUAGCAACAUUAGACUUGGGAGGUGGAUCCACACAAGUGACGUUUGCUCCCAAUGAUGUGAAAACGCUUGUGUUUAGUCCAAAGGAGUACAUUAUAAAGAGGACAAUCCAAAAUGAAUCCAUUAUUUUAUAUACACACAGUUAUCUUGGUUUGGGACUGAUGUCAGCAAGAUUAGGAAUUCUGCAGUCUACAACAAGUCAUAAAAAAAUUGAAGGAGGUCAUGAAAUUCUUAAUAGUCCUUGUAUCCACCCAAGUAUAAAGGAAAAAUGGAUCUAUGGAGGAAAAAGCUACUUAGUGAAAGGAAUGAAAUCUGGAAAAUAUAAUUUUGAUUCAUGUUAUAAACAGGCCCAAACAUUUUUAAAUAUGACUGUUGAUCAGCCAGUAGAAUUGCCAAAACGAAUUAUUUUUGCCUUAUCAUAUUAUUUUGAUAGGGCAGCUGAUAUGGGUAUUAUAGAUAGGCAGAAGGGUGGAAAAUUAACAAUAAAUGAAUAUAAGAAAGCAGCUAGUAAAGCAUGCAACAAGACAAAUUUAAAACAAGCUUUCCUGUGCUUAGACAGUACAUAUAUAAUUGCUUUAUUACAUCAUGGAUUAGGGUUAAAUAUGGAUACAGAAUUAGUGCUGGUGAAGAAAAUUGAUGGUGUUGAAACUAGUUGGGGUCUUGGAGCUGGAUAUAGUGCCUUAACACAAGGCUAAAAAGAUCUGUAAUCUCAGAAAACGUAUUUGUACAUAAUGUAAAUUAAUGUAGAAUCGGGACUGGCAAUUUUUGCAGCAUUAUACAAUUUUUUUUUAACUAUGUUGUUCUAAAUGAGACUUUUAGAAAAUAAGUAAUUUAUUUGAAAUACUGCUUAGUUUAAACCUUAAAUAUGUAUGCUUAUUUAAGAAGAAAAUUCUUAUUGUCAAAACUCUAUUUCACUUUUUAUCCCAUUGUAAAUUAUCUGUAGAACUAAAAAAAGAAUACUUAGUUGUUUUUAUAUAGGUCAUAAUGUAGAGAAACAAUUUACUGUGAUAUUUAUUUUAUUAGAAUUCUAUUCCUUCCAUGACAGCAUUCAAAAAUUAAAAUACUCAAAAUAA